AUGAGGGUGAAUCUGGUAGCAAUGUUCAUGAUGUCUGUAAGCAAUAGAAGGGUUUUCUACAUCAAUCUGAAGGACGUUAAGUCUGGGGAGGACUUAUUGGGGCAGUUGUUUGAAAAGGCCCACAUUCCUGGGGAUGUAUCAAGCGGAUUAAUUGAAGGGCAAGGAGAAGGAUCCUCGAUUAACAUGUCCAAUUUAGCGCAGGAUGCACAGGGCAAGGGAGCGGCCCAAGGCGCUGCUGCCACUCCUGAGCAAAAAGCUCCAGCCCAGAAGCAAUCUGAAGGCAGUAAAAAUGCACAGAAGAAACAGCAGAAGGAAGAUCAAAGCGCUAAGAAGGAGGAAAAACAGCAGAAGAAAAAUGAGUCCAAGGAAGCCAAUGCCCAGAAGAAGGAAGAGAAGGCGAAGAAGGCAGAGCAGCAGAAGGAGGAAAAGACGAAGAAGGCAGAGCAGCAGAAGGUAGAGAAACAGAAGCAGAAGGAGGAAAAGGCAGAGAAACAAAAGCAGCAGAAGGAGGAAAAGGCAGAGAAACAAAAGCAGCAGAAGGAGGAAAAGGCUAAGAAGGCAGAGCAGCAGAAGGGAGAGAAGGCUAAGAAGGCAGAGCAGCAGAAGGGAGAGAAACAGAAGCAGAAGGAGGAAAAGACAGAGAAGCAAGAGCAGAAGAAGGGAGAGAAACAGAAGCAGAAGGAGGAAAAGGCUGAGAAGCAAGAGCAGAAGAAGGGAGAGAAACAGAAGCAGAAGGAGGAAAAGGCUGAGAAGCAAGAGCAGAAGAAGGGCGAAAAGGAAGACACCAAGAAGGGGGAAAAGGCUGAGAAAGAAGCCAAGAAGACAAGUAAAGAUAAGGAGGAGCCUAAGACCACUGUGGAUAAGAAGUCCAAGGACAAGAUACAAGGCCAAGAGAAAACAGCUUCCGACGGUGACAAUAAUAAGGCCACUGCGGAGAAAUCUCAAGAGAAAAAAACCAUGGACAAGGCGGACAAAGCUACCAGCGUCAAGUCACCUGAGACGGUAUCCAAAGAGAUUGAAUCCAAAAGCAAGGAAGAGAUCUCUAGUGCCCACUCCUCUUCAAAUGCAAGCGCUCCUGGAAGCGCCUCAAUGACUCCAACCCCGGGUUUCUCAUCUAGGACUACUACCAACGCCAGUAGCACGAUGUCUGCGAGCCCGUCUUCAAGUGUCAUGACCUUCAGCAGUAUUGGGCAUUCGUCAUCGGUACCACUGUCAUCUAUCAUGUCUUCAUCUGCGCUUGGAUACUCUUCGUCCAUACCACUGUCAUCAGCAGUGGCGUCAUCAAUGGUAUCAUCGGCAAUGUUGUCGUCCGCCAUAUCGUCGAUGGUGCCACAGAUGUCCUCUAGCAUAUCGCAAUCGUCGAUAGCCGAUGUUCUAAGAAAGGCAUCGGAGGUAAACAAGAUCAAAAGCCUGAGCUCGAUAGACGUCAACGAUCUACUGGGGAAAUGCCAAGAAUGUGAAAGGGUGGACCAGGUGCUUGCCUACAAGGAUGGAGAUCAGUAUACCGACUACUCCGGGAACAUAAAGUUCCAGGAAAAGGAUGGAGGGCUGGUUGAUAGCUCAGGACUGUUUGUUGGAAAAGACUGCGGAUGCUCAAAGGAGGAUAUACCCCAGAUGGGAAAGAUAACCGGGACGGGGCUGUAUCAGGACCAGGGUGUUAACAGUGUAAGUUGCCAGAAGCAAGCCAACGCAAUUGAGAAAUUGUAUUCAUCUGCGAGCAACAUGCCGCAAAGCCCGGGAGUAUCUGCAAGCAAAGGACUUUCAGCGGGGGUGUCCCAGGGAGCCGGAGGAGUGAUGUCGAGUAAAUCUGCGGGAACAAGCUCGCAGGCGGGCGCUGGAAAUCAAGCAGGUCAAGGUGUCCAAUCCAGCUCACCUACAGGAGGCAACCAAAGCGUCCAGCCGGCCUCAUCUGUAGGAGCUGGCCAAGGUGCUCAAAGCAUCCAGCCGAACUCUCCCGGAGGAGUCCAAAGCGGGCCAUCCUCCCAGAGAAUGGCGGAAAGCUCCACCCAAGGAAAUACCCUAGUGUCCCAGGACCCAUCUUCUCCUAUCGGCAGCAGUGUGCAGGAAAAUCCUGGGAUUUCGAUGGCACAACCGGCAAAGAAUGAAACUCCUGGGAAAGGCUCUGACCACAUACCUCCAAAAAUAUCUAUAAAGGCUGUCAAGGUCAAAUACGGGGACUCGUGUGGAGACAACUCCGGCCUUGUUGUCAACCAGACAUCCUAUGUGCAAGAAGCACCCUCUGAGAAGAUUACUGUAACAGAGCCUCCAAAAACCAUUACAAAGACGGAAAAGAUAGAGCUUCCUCCCACCACCAUCAUAAAGGAGCUGACCAUUAUUGAGCCGCCGUGUACGAUCGAGAAGGAAGUGACGGAUACUCAGGACUCUGAGAAUGCAAUUGAGGAAAGAACCAUCACUCUCCCAACUACAGCUAUUGAAUACAAAACGGUGAAGGUUACAGCCACAAGAACCGUUUUGCGAACAACAACAGUCUCCAAUGAUUCCAGAGACGAAGGCGUCGCGGUCUCUACCAUUUCUCCGGAGAUGGUUGAUAAUAUCAGCGAGGAGAGGCUCGCAGAAGACAUUACAACAGUCAACACAACCAUAGUGGUGGAGGAUCCCGACGAUAUAGAGUGUGAACAGGAGUGCGAAUGUUAUGAAGAUAACUGUGAGAAUCCCUGUGAUAGGAUAAAAUGUGUUUCUGGAUGA